AUGACCGUUUUUGAAACAUUUCCAUUCGAUAUCUUUUUCGAGACCAGCAAAUACCUCGACCUCGACGACGUUGCGCAUCUUGCUCAAACAUGCCGCCAAUUGAGAGCACAGCUCCUCCAGAAUGCACUGUCACGACGGAUAGUUGAGACACACCAUCACUACACCAACGAGGCUUGUACAGCACGUCAGGGAACCAUAUCCUACAAUGAAUCAUUGUGUAUGAUAUAUGACCGACGACAUGCACUUUCAACUACACAGCCUUUCUCGGCCCGGGUCGUUGGGCAGGGAAGCACAUUCCUCUACAGACAAGGCGUACUCUGUUUGCAGACCGGAAGCAGUGUUCAGAUCUCGAACUUGCGCUCAUCAUGCUCCGUUGUGACCCUGGAUCUGAUGACGAUGGUGUUCGGAGGCAACACAUGUGAAUCAGCCGGGGUUUCGUUUGAGAUGAUGUAUUACAGUGAUGAGCUACUCUCUGUUCUCGUCAAUAUCGAGUCUAACGAGUCUUGGAUCUACUGCGUCAAGACUACCAGUAGCCUGCAAGAUGACAAUCGAGUCGUUCGUUCUGUGGGUUUGGGUCAUGACCAUUCCAAGCUGUUCAUCCGCCAUACGUCCCAGUAUCUUUACUACGGUUCGCACACAGGUACAUCUCCAAACGACGGUCAUCGUAAAUGGGAGAUCCGGGGAGUUGCUCUGCAGCCAGGAUUCGAAUUGUCAGCUGAGCAGGGACGGCCAUUGCUCCUCGAAGAUUUUCAUGGCAGCGACGUUGGAUCAACGGUUACAUUUGAGAUCCAUGACGGCUUCUUCUACGCUGUGUCCAACCAGGGAACCUACGAAGUCGAAGAGAUAGACUGGACGUCUUUCUACAAUUGCAUCCGCUUUCCCCUGAAUGACCCUGUUGCGUUAGCCGUUGAGAACGACGCACGGAUAUAUCGAAGGCAACACGCUGAAGGCGCCAUCCACGAUUCCUGGACUGAUCUUACCCUCCAACCCGACGAAAAGACGAACAAGCUUUUCGUGGUCGAAUCUAGACGCGAGUGGGUGGGAGCAUCGUCAAAGCAACUCAGGACCUUCUACACGACAUGCAUAGACUUCUCUGCAUCAGAGCUAGCAGCAGACGAAUCUCCGCGAGAUGAUGAAAGCGAUCCACCCCAGUUGCCUGAAGACGACCUGCUAACCACGCUUUUGGAUUCCUCACAUGGAGCCAGCUAUAUGCCCACGCCUAGACAGUACAGCUGGUCGCGGCACCCAGAAUUCAGUACAAUAGACAUUUCACCGCGGUCUUUCAUCCUCGCAAGGACAAAGUUCAGAACCUACAACUACUCUUGUUCCGCGUUCAUGGACCUGGUGGAGGACGAAACUUGCUGCCGUGGCGGAACCGACACAUCACCUUCUUGCCUCAGACUGCGCAUCGGGAGUCGACGCGUCGCUCCCGCCCUUUCCACCACGGACGACUUCGCUUCCGACUCCAUUUGGAGAAAUAACCAGAGCAAAAUGCCACGCUUCGCAGACUCGACAAAGUACCGCUACACGCCCACCCGCAUGUGGCCGCCUCCACGCUCCACAUGCCCUUGCUCAGCGCGUCUGCACCGCAUCAUGAACCCGCCCUCCACCCCGGGUUGCACAGCAGGGCAGACGAGCAUCACUGCUGCAUGUGACGAGCGGAGCAUCGUGUACAUGAUCAGACCGCGAUACGCGUCCAGCUAUCAACACAGCACGCACACGCUGGGCACCGUCGUCUGCAUCGACUUUGGCCGCGAGGCGCUGCUAACCCCGUCUGCUGCGCACCCAGACGAUAUGCGCUGGGAUUGGUCGCCGGGACAGGAUGGGCGGUGCAGAAGCGGCACGUGUUGGUAG